AAUAAAAAAAAGUAGACCCGACAUCCAGUAUACCACAAGCUACGGUGGCCUUGGUGAAGCAAAAAAGGCAGCACUAGAACGAAGGUCCAACAAUGUCUCUCACGUGCUCUCAAACACUAGUCCUCUAUUCCUCAAACCCACCCCACACUAAACCUUCCCUGUUCCCAACCACUUCAAUUCUGAAGCUUUCGCCAACAUUCUUCAGAAAUGGCAGCAACUCUGUUUCUCGCAGAAACAACAGAUUUCAGUUCCAUGCAAACUCCACUGACUCAGACGACGAAUUGGGAACUAUGCAAGUUGCUGCCGUUUCCAACCCAUCAUCCACCAGCCUUCUCUCUUUUCUUUGCCCCUUGCUCAAACUCUUCUCCGGAGGAGAUCCCUCACAAGAACGGAACUUUACCUUGGAGGUAGCCACAUCUUCCUUGUCUACCUUGGCUAGAUUCCCUUGGGGAUCAAGAUCUCUAUCAAAUAAUUCGGACAGCCCGGAAGUCACCACCUUGGAUCCUCCUGUGCGUCUGCAGCUUUUUGAAUUCGAGGCCUGCCCUUUUUGCAGGAGGGUUCGCGAAGCUAUGACUGAGCUAGAUCUUUCAGCAGAGGUGUAUCCUUGUCCAAAAGGUUCGAUAAGACACAGAGAAUUGGUUAACAGAUCUGGUGGAAAAGAGCAAUUUCCCUUUCUCAUUGAUCCAAAUACCGGUAUUUCAAUGUAUGAAAGCGGGGAAAUCGUGAGAUACCUAUUUCAGCAAUAUGGGAAAGGCAGAAAACCUUCACCGGGGCUUUUGGAAAGUACAUUGCUUACAGGGUGGAUGCCGACAAUAUUUCGAGCAGGUAGAGGAAUGACAUUGUGGGAAAGGGCGACUCUAGAGGCACCACCUGAAAAGCUGGAACUUUACUCAUACGAAAAUAAUCCGUAUGCAAGAAUUGUGCGUGAGGCACUUUGUGAGUUGGAGCUUCCUUACAUCCUACAGAAUGUAGGAGAAGGGUCCCUGCGGUUAAAGCUACUUGUUGAUGCAUCGGGGUCCAAAGAGGUUCCCUACUUGAUUGAUCCCAACACUGGUACACAUGUUGGUGACUACAAGAAGAUCCUGUCCUACUUGUUCCUGACAUAUUCAGUAGCCGCUGUAUAGGAUAUAAAUCCGGUGUAACUGCUGCCAUGCUUGAAAAUCCAAAUGGAUGGAGGUAAUUUUACUAUACAUACAUGCCGUAACAAAUCACUUAGUGACUUGACAUCCUUAAAUAUUCAAUUCCUCUGUAAAUUUGAAUACUGUAUGACAUGUACAUAUGCUGUAACAAAAUUACUUGGUGGUAUAGGCAAUCUGCUUCAUCUUUUCUGGUUUC